GAAGCAACAAAGAUACAGUUUCACUCCAAUUAGAAGUCCCUGCAGUCACAAAAAAGCUUCGCUCGGUUAGUUACAUCAAUUCGAUCAAGUGCUCUCCUUCUUGAUAGCGGUACGGUGGUUCUACCGUGAUCUCAGCUAUAUACUUUUUGGCAGAGCCGUCUCGCCGUCCAUUCCUCUUCUACACCGCUCGCCGCCAUUCCGGAUUCCUCAAGCACAAGUGAAUUACGAAGCUAGUGCAGCAUAGCGGUUAACAGGUCUAAUGCAAAGCUGUUGAAACAGAAUGCCACAAAGCUCGAUCACAUACGAUAGUUUGCAGUAUGUAUGGCACGAUGAGUAAUACAGUCAUCAAAAAGCAGCAAACAUAAGUAUGAUUGCAAUCUUACCGACUACAAAUACUCAACGUUUCUACAGUAUGUCGGAGAACAAAUAUUACUUCCAAAUCUCAAUUUCAGGGUUCUAAUUGGAAAACACAUUCGAUGAGGAAAUUGACAAAAUCCACCAUUAUAAUAGGCAAAAGAUCAUUUCCCUUAGGUGAAAUUGUGCAGAAUGCCGACUCCAAUAAUGAAGAUUCUAAUCUUGGCAUUGCUGACAGGAUUCAAACUGGUCCUAAAAGACCAAGAGCAGUGGGAACCGAAAAUGAACCAAAUGCCAUUUUCCCUCUUGACUUGAAUAAAAGUUCUUCUUUGUGUUCGAAAAGAGCACCAUUGCAAAACAUAACGAACGUCCCGUCGAGAACACUUACUAUUGGUAAAAGUUUUGGAGGGACAACUUCUCUAUCUUACACUCCUUAUCCUGCUGAAACAUCACGAAAAAGAGAUAUGUCUGAGGCCCGUACUACAUUCACUUCUGAACAAAUUGAAUUAUUGGACGUUGGCGAUGUCAAUGGAACAUAUUAUGAAGUAGAUAAAAAUACUGAAGGAGAUAGGUGCACAGAGAUACCUGAUACAUUUUCAGAUGAUGAUGGGAUCGCAUUUGAUGUGGAAGACGCAUCAUAUGCAUUUAAUUCGUAUGAAGAUUGUUUAGAUCUGGGUGACAGUACUUACACAUGUGAGUAUUGUGGAUCUCUAUUUUGGCAUGCUGAAAGAGUUAAAAGACAUGGAAAGCAAAAACCAAAGUUUUCAAUGUGUUGCAAUCAAGGAGAUGUUGUACUCCCCAAGAUGCAAACACCCCCACAGUUGUUAGGGGCUUUGAUAUUUGGCACAGAUGAGCGUAGUGGACAUUUCCUUAAAAAUAUACGUUCAUAUAAUUCUAUGUUUUCGUUUACUUCAAUGUGCGGAAAAACUGAUGGAAGCAUAAAUAGUGGCACUUCACCUCCCGUAUUCCGAUUGAAUGGUCAGAAUUAUCACACAAUUGGAAGCCUUUUGCCAAAGGAUGGACAGCGACCUAAGUUUCUACAGAUGUACUUAUCUGAUCCAGCUGAAGAGAUUGCACACAGAAUAAACGCUGUGAGGAAUGAGGAUGAUACCUCCUUGCAAUCUUCAUUGGUGCAAGACUUGAAAGAAAUGCUUGACACAUACAAUGUGCAUGCAAAAUCAUUCAGAAUGGCGAGAGAUCGAUUUAAUGAGUCUAAUUCCACCACAUUGAAAAUGAAACUCAUCGGCAAAAGGCACUCAGAAGGCCGCACUUACAACAUGCCAAGUGUCAAUGAAGUUGCAGCGCUAAUUGAAGGUGAUUUUGAUGUAAACAAAAAAGAAAGAGAUGUGCUUCUUCAAACAAAGACAGGUGCUCUACAAAUUAUUUCUGAAUUGAACCCGUCUUUCUUGGGUUUGCAAUACCCACUUUUAUUUCCAUAUGGCCAAGAUGGGUUUAGAGAAGAUGUGUCGUUGACGCGUGCAAUAAAUAGCGAGAGCGAGAGUGGGAGGAGGCGUGUCACCAUAAAAGAUUUCUUUUCAUACAGAUUGCAGGAGAGGACUGAUGAAUCACCUUAUCUAUUGAGAUCAAAGAGAUUGUUUCAACAAUUCAUUGUUGAUGGGUAUACAAUGGUUGAAUCAUCACGAUUGCAGUACAUCCAUCUCCACCAGAAACAGUUAAGAAGUGACUUAUAUAGUGGCUUAGCAGACGUUGCUGGAAGGGGAGAAACGGAUGCAUCUAGAGUCGGCCAAUUAAUUGUUUUGCCAAAUUCCUUCACAGGUAGUGCACGCUAUAUGUUGCAAAAUUACCAAGAUGCAAUGGCUAUAUGUAAAUGGGCGGGGUACCCACAACUAUUCAUCACAUUUACAUGUAAUCCGAAAUGGCCGGAGAUUAUUCGCUAUGUUGAUGACAAGGGAUUGGAUCCAAAUGACCGACCGGAUAUCCUUUCCAGGGUUUUUAAGCUAAAACUCGAACUUCUCAUCAAGGAUCUGAAGGAAAAUAAGUUAUUUGGUGAUGUCAAAGCAGUUGUCUGCACUGUGGAGUUUCAGAAACGUGGAUUACCACAUGCGCACAUUGUAUUGUGGCUUUCGAUGACAGAGCGCAAUGCAAACCCAUCGGUGAUGAUCGAUAGAAUUAUUUCAGCAGAGAUCCCAGAUGAAUAUGCUGACCCUGUGUAUUACAAUGCAGUUAAAGAAUUGAUGAUCCACGGUCCAUGUGGCCCUAUGAAUGCAUCUGCACCAUGCACAGAAAAAGGCCGGUGCACAAAGCACUUUCCAAAGAGAUUUGUCGUUCGCACGACAAUGGAUAAGCAAGGUUAUCCGAUUUACAGACGCAGAGACAACGGCAGGUAUGUUACUAAGAAUACCCACGAUCUCGAUAAUAGAUAUGUCAUCCCACACAACCGUGGCUUAUUGUUGAAGUAUAGUGCUCACAUUAAUGUCGAGUGGUGUAACCAAACACGGGCAGUUAAGUACUUAUUUAAGUACAUCAAUAAGGGUGACGAUCGGAUAACCGUUGUGUUCUCAGAAGCCAUAGAUAACUCUACUCCAAAAAUAAUAGAUGAAAUUAAGAUGUACUAUGAUUGUCGGUAUAUAUCCGCAUGUGAGGCUGCUUGGAGAAUUUUCGGAUUCCAUAUUCAUUAUCGAGAUGUACCAGUUGAGCGCCUCACUUUUCAUCUUCCUGAUGCACAGAACGUAUACUACAAUCCCAAUGCAUCUAUAAGCUCAGUACUGAAUAAACCAACAAUCAACUCCACAAAAUUCACGGCUUGGAUGAAAGCAAAUCAAGUGUAUCCCACUGCCAAAGAGCUGACGUAUGUUGAGUUUCCAAGCAAAUUCAGGUGGAAGAAAAAUACCAUGGAAUGGGUAGAAAGGAAGAGAGGAUUUGCUAUUGGACGCAUUUAUUAUGUACGACCUGGAGCAGGGGAGAAGUACUACCUACGAAUAUUGUUGAAUAUUGUGAAGGGAGCAACCAGCUUUGAGGAGUUGAGGACUUAUGAAGGGACCGUAUAUCCUACAUUUAGAGACGCGUGCCACGCGCGUGGUUUACUUAAAGAUGACAAGGAGUUUAUUGAUGGCAUUACAGAUGCGAGCUUCUGGUCUUCUUCACGGUCACUUCGCAUUGUAUUUGCUACUCUACUGGUUUCAAAUGAGUUUUCGAAGCCAGGCUUAGUGUGGCAAAAGUGUUGGGAAUUUUUCUCUGAUGACAUACUAUACAAUAUUCGCAAGAAUACGGGUAAUCCAGAUUUUGAACUGGAUAAAGAGAAAAUUGAAAAGUACUGUUUGUUGGAGAUUCAGAAGCUCUUGCAGUCGAGAGGUAGAUCAUUACGUGAUUUUGCUGGCAUACCCUUGCUACCUGAUGAUGAAAUGCCCUCGCUUGAAGAAGUUCUCAUUCAUGAAGAGCUGCGGUAUAAUAAAUCGUAUCUGAUUGAGGAGCAUGCAAAGUUGUUGGCCGAGAUGACAGAUGAACAACGUGUUGUGUAUGAUAGGAUAAUGGAAUCUGUAGAUAGUAGAAACGGGAAAUUCUACUUUUUAUAUGGCCACGGAGGAACUGGGAAAACAUAUCUAUGGAGGACUUUGUCUGCGGUUGUGAGAUCUCGCGGUGAUAUAGUUCUUAACGUGGCUUCAAGUGGUAUAGCAUCGCUUCUCUUGCCUGGAGGAAGAACCGCACAUUCGAGGUUUGCGAUUCCACUUAGUGUUGUAGAAGACUCCACGUGCAACAUAAAACAUGGUAGUCCGUUGGCCAAGCUGAUAGAGUUAUCUAAGUUAAUUAUAUGGGAUGAAGCACCUAUGACGCACCGACACUGUUUUGAAGCUCUUGAUCGGAGUAUGAGAGACGUGCUUCGUUACUCCAGCCACUGUGACACUACCUUGCCUUUUGGUGGGAAGACGAUUGUAUUUGGUGGUGAUUUUAGGCAAAUUCUUCCUGUGAUACCAAAAGGCACGAGACAAGAUAUUGUGCACGCCGCACUGAACAGUUCAUUCUUGUGGUCAAAUUGUACUGUAGUGAGGCUUACUAAAAACAUGAGGCUAACAAGGAUGCUCGGCCAGCCGGAUGGACCAACUAUCCAAUCUUUUGCAGAGUGGAUUUUGAAGAUUGGUGACGGAGCUUUUGCUGAAAAUCAAGAGGGAGAAUCACUAAUUGAAAUACCAGACGAUAUGAUUGCUCCAAUGACGUCUGAUCCUGUUGAAUCUAUAGUUCAAGCUAUUUAUCCAGAUUUCUUAACCCAGGGUGAUCCGAUUAAUUAUCUUUAUUCCAGGGCUAUUCUUGCUCCAACCAUAGAUGAGGUUGAUAAGGUCAACGAUUACAUGUUGAGCCAGAUAGAUUCAGAGUUAAAGACAUACCUAAGUUCAGAUUCAGUUUCUUCAUCUGACUCGGAUAGUAAUGAUCUCUUGCAUGAGAUACAUUCUCCUGAAUUUCUUAAUAGCAUCAAAUGUUCUGGCUUACCGAGUCAUGAGCUCAAGCUGAAAGUUGGAGUUCCUGUGAUGCUUAUGAGGAAUAUCGAUCAUUCAUCUGGAUUGUGCAACGGCACACGACUUCUGGUCACUAAACUUGGAACUCAUAUUAUUGAGGCUCAGAUGAUGCACGGAGAAAAUGCCGGCGAAAAAUUUCUUAUUCCCCGCCUUACUUUGACACCAUCGGACAUUAGUCUCCCGUUCACUUUUCAGCGUAGGCAAUUUCCGUUAAUGGUUAGCUAUGCAAUGACCAUCAACAAGAGCCAGGGACAGUCAUUGGAAAAGGUUGGCAUCUUCCUCCGUCGUCCUAUUUUUACGCAUGGACAGUUGUACGUGGCUGUCUCGAGAGUAACAAGUCCGUCUGGGUUAAAGUUUGUUAUAUGUGACGAAGAAGGGAAACCAAAGAAGUCAGCGUUGAAUAUAGUAUACAAAGAAGUUUAUACUAAUUUGUAGUUCCCUUGCUUUACAUGCAUACAUCCAUACUCAUUGCUAGC